CCGGGAGGGGAAGGUGAGGACGGUUCUGGCAGCGGGCUGGCGCCGUAGGGGUGCUGGACAGACAGCUGGAGGCCAAACUGGCCGAGGCGUGCUUGCUCUCCGGGCCGGCCCGGAGGGAGUCGGAAGAUCCCAGGGCCAUUUUCUCAGACUCAGCCUUGGGGAAGGGACGAAGCAAGAUCUCAUCCUGACGGUGCACCAUACUCUCGCCUUAUUCCUACUCCGGCGACCCCGGAGGCGGAAGCUACGGACGCGGAAGUGACCUGCUGUUGCCGAGGGGACGGGCCGGGCAGAUGCCAACAUGGCAGCGGUUGGGGUUAGCGGUGCCAGCGCAGCAGCCGGACCGGGGGCGGUCUCCGCGGGGUCGUUGGCAUCUGGAACCGCGAGUGCCGCCCACAGACGCCUCAAGUACAUAUCCCUAGCUGUGCUGGUGGUCCAGAAUGCCUCCCUCAUCCUCAGCAUCCGCUACGCCCGCACGUUGCCUGGGGACCGUUUCUUUGCCACCACUGCCGUGGUCAUGGCGGAAGUGCUCAAGGGCCUCACCUGCCUGCUGCUGCUCUUCGCACAGAAGAGGGGUAAUGUGAAGCACCUGAUUCUCUUCCUCCACGAGGCCGUCCUGGUGCAGUACGUGGACACGCUCAAGCUCGCAGUCCCCUCCCUCAUCUACACUCUGCAGAAUAACCUCCAGUACGUUGCCAUCUCCAACCUCCCAGCAGCCACUUUCCAGGUGACGUACCAGCUGAAGAUCCUGACGACGGCGCUGUUCUCAGUGCUCAUGCUGAACCGCAGCCUCUCCCGGCUGCAGUGGGCCUCCCUGCUGCUCCUCUUCACUGGUGUGGCCAUCGUCCAGGCGCAACAGGCUGGUGGGGGCGGCCCACGGCCCCUGGAUCAGAACCCCGGGGCAGGCCUAGCAGCUGUUGUGGCCUCCUGUCUCUCCUCGGGCUUCGCAGGCGUCUACUUUGAGAAGAUCCUCAAAGGCAGCUCAGGAUCUGUGUGGUUGCGCAACCUGCAGCUGGGCCUUUUUGGCACAGCCCUGGGCCUGGUGGGGCUCUGGUGGGCUGAGGGCACUGCAGUGGCACGUUUUGGCUUCUUCUUUGGGUACACACCUGCCGUCUGGGGUGUGGUACUCAACCAGGCCUUUGGCGGGCUCCUGGUGGCUGUUGUGGUCAAGUACGCUGACAACAUCCUCAAGGGCUUUGCCACCUCCCUGUCCAUUGUGUUGUCCACUGUUGCCUCCAUUCGCCUCUUUGGCUUCCAACUGGACCCAUUAUUUGCCCUUGGCGCUGGGUUGGUCAUCGGUGCCGUCUACCUCUACAGCCUGCCCCGAGGUACAGCCAAAGCCAUAGCUUCUGCCUCCUCCUCCUCCCCUUCUUCCUCGGCCUCCGGGCCCUGCAUUCACCAGCAGCCUCCGGGGCAGCCGCCACCACCACAGCUGUCUUCCCACCGCGGAGACCUCAUCACGGAGCCCUUUCUGCCCAAGUUGCUCACCAAAGUCAAGGGUUCGUAGCCUCCGGCAUUGAAGACGUUGGUUGGCCUGGCCUGGUUCUCCCUUCUUGCCCUGGCCCGCCUGGGACCAGACUCUGAGCAGUAUCAGGGGUAGGGAGAGGCAGACAUAGAACUCCUCAU